UCUGUUAUUUCUGGGGGAUACAUACCAAACUCAGUCACUCCUCAAGUAGCAUUGGAAGGGGAUCUCACCUCCCAGAAAUCUAUUUCUGUGAAGACUGGUUGUGGAGGCAGCUUUCUGGCUCCGGUGUCCUCCAUGAUGUUCCCAUUGCAAGGCAGGCAGAUGCUGCAGAUGCUGGAGAAGGCCCUAAGGAGCAGUCUUCCAGAAUCCUUAAAGGUUUAUGGGACCAUCUACCACAUGAACCAUGGAAACCCAUUCAAGCUAAAGGCCUUAGUAGACAAGUGGCCCGACUUUAAUACUGUGGUUGUCCGCCCUCAGGAGAUGGACAUGACAGAUGACCUUGAUCACUACACAAAUACUUACCAAAUCUACUCCAAGGACCCUCAAAACUGUCAGAAACUCCUUGACUCUCCAGAAGUUAUAAACUGGCAGCAGCAUUUGCAGAUUCAAAGUUCUCAGUCCAGCCUGAAUGAGGCAAUACAGGAUCUUGCAACCACUAAAUCUUUCCAAGUGAUACAUUCCGAAAACAUUCUGUUCCUAGCAGCUGACACAGCCAACGAACUGAGCCCUUCCCUGGUGGAUACAAAGAACUUGUUGCCCAGUGGUAGCAAGCCUAAGGACAUCAAUGAAAGCAUGUUUAAACUGUCAUCACUGGAUACUACGCAUGUCCCCUUGGUGGAUAAAUUCUGGCUUUUUGGAGGCAAUGAGAGGAGCCAGAGGUUUAUCAAGCGCUGUUUACAGAACUUUCCAAGUACCUGUGUCCUUGGGCCUGAGGGGACGCCUGCAUCCUGGACCCUAAUGGACCAGACCGGAGAGAUGAGAAUGGGGGGCACACUACCUGAGUACCGGGGCCAAGGCCUCGUCACCUAUGUCGUCUAUUCACAGCACCAGGCCAUGAAGAAACUCGGCUUUCCUAUUUAUUCUCACGUAGAUAAGAGCAACAAAGCGAUGCAAAAAAUGAGUUACCAAGUGCGUCAUGUUCCCAUGCCUUGUGCCUGGAACCAGUGGAAGUGCAUUCCUCUGUGAAACCGCUCCAAACACAAGGUGGUGCUGGUGGGCCUGAGGAUGUAACUGGGGGCGUGGAAGGUGGGCACAAAGAAAGAAUAAACUAUAGUCAGCA